ACUACAUGGGGUUUGUGUUGUAUGCACAAAUAAUAAUUAAACUUCUUUUUUUGUCGAACUCGAAGAGGGCGCUUUAAAGCAUUGAGUGCCGUGCUAAAAACUGUUUUCCGUUCAGUCGUUCGUUCUGCUCAUCUGCUGCUAUUGCAGUAAGGAUUCUUUCACUAACAGAAUUUCCUGAAAGUACUGACUAAAUUAACAUCAAUAGUUUAAUUGUGUCAUUUAUCAACUUUUUGACGUGGAGUUAACCUUGUGAGAAUAAAGCUGUUGUUGCACGUAACGGUCACUUUGCAUAAGUAACAAAAACGUGUCGGUUUCGUUGUGUCGGAUGAUGUCGAGCAUGUGAUUUUUCUCGUAACAUUCAAGACUUCUAGAUUUUGGCUUACAGCUCGAGAGAGUUGCCGGAAAUCGGUUCUAUAUGAGUCAGCCGACCGGGAAAUUGAUUGGAGUCAAGCGAAAGCAUAGUGACGAAAAUCAGGUGGAGGCAAAAAAGCCUACCAUGGAGGAGGCAAAGAGGGCCAACUUCUCUGCCUUGGUCAGCACGAAUGGAUUGACGAAAUCAUCUCCAACAGUAGUCAAACCAGCUGCUGGAAAUGUCAAGAAAAUUGUCAUCAAGUCUAUGAAAGAACUCCCCAAAUUGCCUGAGAAUUACCAGGAUGUUGCUUGGCAGAAGCUGGAAGAAGCUGUUGUCGCUAUACAGAAUUCAACCUCAAUAAAAUCAGCCCUAGAGGACUUGUAUCAGGCUGUGCAAAACCUUUGCAGCCACAGUUUUGCCCCCCUUGUGUACAGCAAGUUAAAAAACUUGACAGAAUCGCACGUUCAAUCAAACCUAGCACAGUUUUUGGCUGAAUCCAUCGAUCCUUGUGUUUUUCUUAAAAUGAUGAACGAUUGUUGGCAAUCUCAUUGUCAACAAAUGAUUCUUAUUCGUGGCAUAUUUCUCUACCUGGAUCGCAAAUACGUACUUCAAAAUCCGGGCAUUAUGUCUCUUUGGGACAUGGGAUUGGACACUUUCAAGGUCCACAUCAUCAGCGAUUCACUAGUCCAAACCAGAACGGUCGACGGUCUCCUAUUGCUCAUUGAUAAAGAGCGCCAGGGUGACACAGUGGAGCGUUCGCUUUUGAAAUCGCUUUUACGCAUGCUCUCCGACCUUGGUAUCUACCACGAAGCCUUUGAGACCAAGUUUCUGUCAUCUACAGAACGAGUCUACAGCACCGAGGGCCAGCGCCUGAUGCAGGAACGUGAAGUGCCUGAAUAUUUAGCCCAUGUUGAUAAACGAUUACACGAAGAGAAUGAGAGGCUACUACACUAUCUAGAUCACUCGACCAAACGGGCGUUGAUAUCUACGGUGGAGAAACAGCUGAUUGGUGAGCACUUGGUGCAGAUUUUGCAGAAGGGUUUGGACGCCUUGGUUGAAGAAAACCGCAUUUCUGAUCUGAAACUCAUGUUCAGUUUGCUGUCGAGAGUUAAAAAUGGGCCGCAAGAGCUCAACACGAAUUUCUGUACCUAUGUGAAGAAGCGCGGAAGGACCAUCGUCAUCGAUCCCGAGAAGGACAAAACGAUGGUUCAGGAGCUGCUCGAUUUCAAAGAGAAAUUAGACAAUAUUGUAGUGACGUGUUUCGGUCGUAACGAAAAGUUUGUCAAUAGCCUCAAGGAAUCCUUUGAGAACUUUGUCAAUCAAAGGCUGAACAAACCAGCCGAGCUCAUCGCCAAAUUCGUCGAUUCAAAACUACGUGCUGGCAAUAAAGAGUCGACCGAAGAAGAGAUGGAGCGGUUACUCGAUAAAAUAAUGGUUUUAUUUCGAUUUAUUCACGGCAAAGAUGUAUUCGAAGCAUUCUACAAGAAGGAUCUGGCCAAACGACUUUUGGUAGGCAAGUCAGCAAGCGUUGACGCCGAGAAGAGUAUGUUGUCGAAAUUGAAACAGGAAUGCGGCGGUGGAUUCACUUCCAAGCUAGAGGGCAUGUUUAAAGACAUGGAACUCUCUAAGGACAUCAACGUCGCGUUUAAACAGUAUAUCGCUCAUCUGAAUCAACCUGAUUUGACUAAUAUGGAUCUGACGGUGAACAUCUUGACGAUGGGCUACUGGCCGACCUAUGUGCCCAACGAAGUGACACUACCACCCGAAAUGGUCAAUUUUCAAGAGACGUUCAAAAAGUUUUAUUUGGGCAAACAUUCUGGCCGCAAAUUACAGUGGCAACCCUCGCUCGGCCUGUGUGUUGUGAAAGCUCACUUCCCUCAGGCGUCUAAAGAGCUUCAAGUCUCCUUGUUCCAGACCCUGGUGCUCUUGCUGUUCAACAAUGCUGAUGAAUUGCCUUUCGAGGAAAUCAAAGCCGCCACCAACAUCGAGGACGCUGAAUUACGGCGAACUUUGCAAUCGUUGGCCUGUGGUAAGGCUCGUGUUCUGCGGAAAUUGCCAGCCGGCAAAGACGUUUUGGAUGGAGACAAAUUUACCUAUUGCAAGGACUUUACCAACAAAUUAUACCGCAUCAGGAUCAACCAGAUCCAACUGAAAGAAACGACGGAAGAGCAACAAGCGACAGAAGAGCGGGUGUUCCAGGAUCGACAGUACCAGAUCGACGCAGCUAUCGUCCGUAUCAUGAAAAUGCGCAAGACGCUAACCCACAAUUUACUCAUUACUGAACUGUACAAUCAGCUCAACUUCCCGGUCAAGCCCGCCGAUUUGAAGAAACGAAUCGAGUCGCUGAUCGAUCGAGACUACAUGGAACGCGACAAAGAUAACCCCAACCAGUACAACUACGUGGCGUGAUCCCUCCCAACAAUACCACCAACUUUCCAAGCCUAUUUAAAAGAUAACCAGGUGUGCUGGGGAGGUUGAAGCAAAUAGGGAAAAUGGAGGUCGGAAGGAAAAAAAAGAAAAAAGUUGAAGGAUAAAAAUGAUGCAACAAUAUUUAGCGCGUGUAUUCAUCAGCAGGAAGCGGAAGACAGAUCGAGUCAUGAUUAGUUGAUGGCGCAAAUUUGGGGUUGUAUGUUUUUUUUUUAAUUAUUAUUUUUUUUUUUGGUAAUAGUGUUACAAUAAAUAAUGGAGAAAAAAAAGAUUAAACAAAAAGUUGUCUGUCUUCCGCCAACUGUCGAUGGUUGUUUUCCUUAUCCCUCUAUUUUUAGUGGCCGUCGCGGAGGGAAGAAGGUGAUCAACAGAUUGAAAUGUAUUGAUUCGUUCCUUCCGCGGUAACCAUUGCAAAAUGUUUAUCUCCUCCCCUCCUGAUUUUCUCUUCAAUAAUCGCCUCUUCUCAUUUUUCAUUUGAAACAUUGAUUUAUUUCCCCCUUUUUUUCCAACAAGUACCCAUCCACACUCACACACUCCAUCUUAUGUCAAAACUCCCGCCCUUUUAAAGAGAAGAAGAAGAAAACAAAAAAUUGAUAAAAAGGAGGAAGAAGAAAAAUACUUUAGAUAGCGAAUACAUUGAAAAUGGUGUUUCAUUGUUUA